UUGUGUAAUCUAAAGGAUGGAAAUCUUGGUUGUUUAAAUUCUUUCCAAUUAGGCCUCAGAUUUUAUGUUUUACAGAUUUCGGGUAUCUCAAGAAUUUGAUAGGGGAUAUGGAGGAUGACUUGCCAAUUAUGAUCAUCACUACUCCUUUAAAUCCCAAGAUUUAUUCUUGAUUUUCAUGGAUACAAGGGAGGAUGGCUCAAGAGGAAAAUGCUUUUGGGUGCACCUAUAGUGGCAGCAGUGGAGGAGGAGGCGGCCGGGGUGGCGGUAGUGGUAGUGGUGGUGGUGAGAGUAAUUGUAGGUUUAAAAAGAGUAAGCCCAAAAAAGUGCCUCAGAGAGGAUUAGGUGUGGCUCAGCUUGAAAAGAUUAGAAUUGAGGAAGAGCAAAAGAAAGUGAUUGCUAAUUCUUCUUCACUUAGUGAUGGAGCUUUUUUUGGGGUUGAGAAAUUUACAAGGCCAAAUCUUGCACCUUUUCACAACUCACCACCACCUCCAUCACCAAAUUCAAUGUUUAGGCACACCCAAUCUGCCCCCAACAUUGAGAUUCUUCAAGAUAGUUGCUCUGUCUCAAAUGGGGAGAUUGGUUUAAGGCCUAUGUUGUGGCCUGGUGACUACAACCAUCAUCAUCAUCCUUUUGUGGCCUAUGAGGCCCCCGCUUCCGCGGUUUUGCAUCAGAGAUCACACCAUUUUCAGCCACCAUCUUCUUCAAUGGUGAAUUCCAUUUCACCAUCAUCAGUUCUAACUUGUCAUUUGGAGCCCCCUUCAAGCCAAAGUUCACUUCCUAGCAACUAUGCACCUCAAUGGGAAGAGGAUGGCAAGAUGGUUGGAAUGAAGAGGUCUUACCCCUUGUCUCUACAAAGCCCCCCGCCUCCUUGUUUGCCUGCGCCACAGCACGACUUAGUCUUACAUAGUAGCGGUUACACACAACCAAGAAAGAAAUGCAUCAUAAGAGGAAGCGACUGGAGUAGGCCAAUUGAAGUGGUCGGAGAUGGUGAGGCCCUAAACGGGGAUUUCCUAACGUUGGCUCCUCCGUCCUCCUCCCAUCCCAGCCAGCCUGAGUCGAGUGGAUCGGUGAAAGAGUCGUUUAACUUCUUCCCGGUUAAGCUGUUUGAGAGCAAUGGAGAAGAAGAGGGUGGUGAUCAUCAUACAGUUGAUCUCAAUCUUAAGCUAUAGAAGAAGGUUGGACAGCAAUUCUUGAUAUUGUGUGUAAUAUAUUUUACUUUACUUUACUAUGGAACAUAUUUUUUUUCGUUGUUAAUUCUCUGUAUUGUGGUUUUAUCAAACACGAAAUUUGUCUCUGGUUUUGAAUUUGUCUCUGCUUUAAUUGUAAAACCAAAAUGAAAUGAGG